AUGAAAACCAAAAGAGCCUAAAGUUUCACGAUGAUUGUCUUGACACUUGUCUGUUUUAAUAAUAAAAGCAAUGGAUGUCCUAUUGGUUGUAAAACAUGUGGUUUAAUCAGUGAUUGUUGGAGUUGCGAUUAGGGUUAUUAUUAAUAUUUUUUAUCUUGUCAGCAAUGCCUUAUUGGAUGCUAAGUAUGUUCAUCAUCGACAUCAUGUUCAUAAUGUUAACCAUACUAUAUUCUAUAAAAUAAUUAGUGUAUUUUACAAUGUCCACAAAAUUGUACAAGUUGUAAUUCACAUACAACAUGCAUUACUUGUGCAGUCGGUUACUAUGCGGACAUUAAUUAGGCAUGCUAGCAAUGCACAGCACCUUGUUAGACUUGCAAUCAAAGUUCAACGAAAUGUCAAUCAUGUAAUGAUCCAAUAGGAAUGGUUGUGAGUAAUUCAUAGUGUAUCUGCAAAGAUGGAUAUUUCAAGAAUUCUCUUAAUAAUUGUUAAGCCUGUGCACUUCCUUGUUUAAGUUGCAUCGAUAAUGAAAAUAAAUGUAUGUCUUGCAUUUCCACAUAUAAUUAUUAUGCUGAUAGCAAUACGUGUAAAUGUCUUGGUGGAUAGUAUGAAAUUAAUUAAAGUUGUCAAAUGUGCCAAUUACCUUGUUCCACAUGUGAAUUUUCUGCUACUAAUUGCUUAUCAUGUUCAGAUAUUAAUUAAACUUUGAAUGGAUAAAAUCAAUGUAUAUGCAAUAAUGGAUACGUGCAAAUACUGACUCAUUGUGAAAUUUGUGUCAAUCCUUGUUUGACAUGUACUUAAUCCACUACAUUUUGUACAUCCUGUACUGACAUCAAUCAAAACGUAAUAAAUGGAGCCUGUAUAUGCAAGCCAGGAUAUUUAAGUCUUGAUUCUUUGGUUUGCUUAUAGUGCAAUUCUGAUUGUAUGACUUGUUCCAAUAAUGUCUAUAAUUGUGAUUCAUGUGUAGAUAUUAAUAAAGAAAUCAAUGAAUUGCAUUAAUGCAUUUGUAAAUAAGGGUAUUAUUUCGAUCCAAACUAUACAGUGUGUUAAUAAUGCGAUAGUUCAUGUGCCAUUUGUAAUAUUGAUAAAUGUCUAAUAUGUAAAAAAGGGUAUGGAAAGACUGCAGAUUCCCUAACUUAUUGUUUGCCAUGUGAGUAUCCAUGUUUGGAUUGUUAAGACAAUGUAGAUAUUUGUAAUGAAUGCGAUAGAAUAAGUCUAUUUUACUUAGAGAGUGAAGAAUGUAAAUGUCCUGAUGGUUAUUAUUCUACAAACUAAAAAUGUUCUAAAUGUUCCAAGGAGUGCGAGAAAUGUUUAAAUAUAUCUGACUAUUGUUUAAGUUGCAUAGAUCAUAAUUAUUAUCUCCUUGAGAAUACUUGUGUCUGUCCCUUUGGCUACUAUAUAGAUACAGCUUUAAAUUGUUAAAUAUGCUAAUAACCAUGUGAAUCAUGUUAAUUUAAUUAUGAUUUUUGCUUGAGUUGUCCUGAUUCACUAUAAAUUUUGAUCAAUAAUCAAUGUUAAUGUGUUAAUGGUUACACAUACAUAAUAACAACAAAUUUAGAAUAGAAUAGUUAAUGUUAUCAAUGCUCAGAUAUCUAUUAGAACUGCUUAGAUUGUAACUCUAUCUAAUGUAAUACAUGUUAAUAAGGAUAUUAUUAAAAUGAAUUGUAGGAGUGUAUCAUUACCAUUUGUGGUGAUCAGAUAAAAGUAGAGAAUGAAUAAUGUGAGGAUGGAGAUGAUGGAUGCUUUGAUUGUUAAUGUGAAUUAGGAUGGCUAUAAAACCUUACUGGAUGUUAUUCUAUAUGUGGAGAUGGAAUAUAAGUUAAAGGAGAAUAAUGUGAUGAUGCAAAUGAUAUUCAAUAUGACGGGUGUUAUUAAUGUGAGUAUGAUUGUAAUGAAAAUUGCCGAUAAUGUAAUCAAGGUUUGUGUGAAUAGUGUUAAUAAGGAUAUUUAUUAGAAGAUAAUUAAUGUAUUGCUACAUGUGGAGAUGGUAUAUUAGAUAUUUCAAAAGAAUAAUGCGAUGAUAAUAACGACCUUCCAAGAGAUGGAUGCUACAAUUGCUUCCUUGAAGAGGGCUUCUUCUGUUAAUAUAACGAGGUGUUCUAAUUUAAGUCCUGUGAAAGGUGCUUAGAUGUCAAUUGCAUUACAUGCAUACUUCAGAAUCAAAUCCAAAUAUGCCAGAAGUGCUAGGAAGGAUACUUUAUUGAUUAAUACAAUAGUUGUUCUUAAUGUGAUCAAAUUUGUAUUGAUUGCAUUACUACUUCGAAAAAUUGCAUCACUUUUGAUUACGAAGUCUAUCAACUAAAGGAAUGCAAUCAAAGUGAAGGUUUCUAUUAUAAUUUCACUCUUAAAGAUUGUGAAUCAAUGUGUGGAGAUGGAAUUGUAACGAAUUUAGAAUAAUGUGAUGACUAUAAUAAUCUUAAUUACGAUGGCUGCAAUAGUGAAUGCUAAAUUGAAACUGGUUUUCUCUUUGAUGUUGAAAGUAAUAGUUUCAUCAAUGAACCCUAAAUUUAAGUAGAAUUAAAUUAUUCUAAUAAUAAUAAGUAUUCGAUUGUAGCUGAUCAAUCUUAGGAAUCAAUUAACUGUACUGCUACUGCAUUAACUGUUGAAAAAUUCAAUCAAACAGAAUACAAUUUUAGUGUUAUUGAAACAGGCGACAACUGUCAAAUAAACAUGUAAUAUUCCAAAACAAUUGAAACAACGAAUUUGAUCCACAUUUUUGUCAAAUAUAAGGGGAAUUACAGAAAACGGAUUUUAGAUGAAGAUUUCUAAUAAGAAGUUAUUAUCGUACCAGUAAGAUAGGUAUAUGUGAGUUAAGAAUAAAAAGAACAAGGCGAAAAAAUGGCAGCAGCUUCAAAAGCCAUGUCUUCGUCAAUAAUAGCGUUUGCUCCUUUGGCCUUUUUAGUAGGAGGAUUCAAAUUUAUUUGGGCUAUCCUAGAUAUUCUGAGUUGGAUGAAUAACUUUUAUUUCUUAAAUGUUAACUAUCCUGAAAAUGUAAGACUCAUCUUUUAGCAAGCAGAAUGGAGUAAUGUCAUUAAUUUUCCAUCUAUUAGCCUAUUAAAUUAACCCUCAGAUGAUUAUUAUUUUCAAGCCUAACCCAAGUUUACAGAAAAAGAUGUAGACCCAUUAUUUUUUAAUAACAUAUAAAUAGUUUUAAUCUUUCUAUUUCAAGUAAUAGUUACUAAAUUAAUUUGUUCAGCAAUUAGGAGAAUAAUGUAAAGGUAUUAUAAGAAAUUGAUUGUUUUCAAUUAAAAAAAAACAAUCUUUUAACUUAGUGAUUAUCAUAUUAAUAUUUAAAAACAGGAUUAAAAAUAAGAGUAAUUAAGAUAAGAAACUCAUAUCUAUCAAAUUCCAAAAAUACUAUUACCUUUGUAUUCUUAAUGCACUCUUUUUGAAGCCACUUUCAUAACUAAUCUGAUCAAAACUAUAUAAUUGAGUUAUUUGGAUAUUGCCUUAGCAAUUGUUCUUCAAAUUACUAAUUAACAAACAGUUGAUAACUUAAUAGUUAAAGUAAAUAUUGGAAUGGCUUUGAGUUCUAUUGUUAUAUUGUUUUAUUUCGUGAGUUUCUCAUACUCUAUAUCUGCAUCACAUCAAUUGAAACUAGAUUAUCAAUAUUUUUAUCAGAGAUAUAGUUGCUUUUAUGAAGAUCUAAAAACGGAUUCAAAGAUUGCUAUGAUUUAUUCUUUUGUUAAUCUAAUCAGAAAAACUAUUUUCAUAGUUGCCACCGUCCUACUAUAUAAUUUUCCUAUAUUUUAAACUAGUGUCUGUUUCCUAUCCUGUUUAUUAAAUAUGAUGUUGUUAAUGAUGGGUAACCCUUUUAUAAGUAAAAAACAAUAUAUCUUAAACUUUAUUCCUGACCUUUGUAUAUUGCUAAUAGUAGGAAUAACAAUAAUAUUUGCAUUUUAAGAUAGGUUUUAAAUUUUAGCAGACUCAAAAAUUUAUAUAUUGGGCUGGGUUAUUGCGCUUUGCAUUUACAUUUCAAUAAUAUUGUAACUGUUUUUCUUGCUAAAAGAGAUAUUAAUUUCAAUGUGGGAUAAUUUCAAAACCUUAGUUAAUUUUAUUAAAAAUAAAUUUAAUUGUGUAUAGUGA